AGAAACGUUCUCAUCUCAUGCGCUAGUGUUGAAUCAGGCGGAACUUUGCUGCUGCUGCUCGUGUUUCUGCCCGAGCCUUUGUUGUGACGCACUCGCUGAAUUCACAUGGCACGUAAACACUGAACGCUUACUUGUACUCUGUAUUUAUCUACAUUUAUUUCCACCUCGUUCAUCACUUUGAUCAUGUCAGCAUCCGUGAUCCGAAGAGGACUUGAAUUAUUCAGCGAGAAAGAUGGAGUGAAGCGUAAGCAGAAGAAGAGCAGCUCUCGUAAGUCCGCGCUGAUGGAGCAGAUCAGCACCGAUAAACAGGGCGUUCAGAGGCGGAUCCGGCGGCUGCAGCGACCCGGAGGAUCAGCGCGGAGCACAAACACGGUCAAAGACAAGCACAUCCGGUCAGCGCUGGACGAAUACAGAAAGAAGCAGAAGAAGAGUCAGCUGAAGUCAAACGUGGAGUAUUUCCUGGCGUCUGAUCAUAAAACACAGAGCAGAGACACGAGAAAGAUCGUCCAGCAGCAUUCGGGGCGGCGCUCCUGUCAUCGGCCCGAUCCGCCCGCCUCCAAACCGGAGGAAGAAUCAGUCUUCACUGAGAAGGACUUCCAGAAGUUCCAGAAGGAAUAUUUCUCAAAUCUCUAACGUCUGUGUGAUCUCUGACUGAAGCUCUGCUGCAGAAAUCCUGUUUGACUGAACAGCCCUGAUUGAUUCUUGAACUUUUGUUUAAAGAAUUUUGAUUGUGCAGUUUGAAAAACAAAGAAUUAGUAAAUGGUCAGAACUAAAAGUCAAACUAGAGACCUGUGUACUUCUGCUGCUGUAGAACUGUCAACGGAGUACAGAAACUAAACCCAUCAAUGACAACAAACAAACUGUGCUUUUUCUGUUUUUGGUUUUGUUUUUAUGUUUUUUUUUUUCUAAUGUCAGCAGGAUGCAUUGAAAUAAAGUUAUAUUUCGCCUGAAAA